AUGGGCUCUGAAGUGACCUUGGGACCAGAGUUCUUCUGUAGGAACCUUCUCCAAAAGGUUCAGAGCCCACAUAUGCCAAAAGGUUCCUUCCUACAUUCAAAAUUCCAAAUGUCUCGGACACCAAGUUUCUCAGUGAAUUCUGGUUUGCAAAGUACUCUAAGACCCAUGAUGGGGUCAGGUGAACAUGGUGACCAAGGAACCAGUCGAGUUACUCCAAGGACGGAGCGGAAAGUUCGAAUUACGUACACUGAGAAACAAAAGCGCAUGCUGCAAGACCAUUUUAAUAAUUGCAGAUAUCCAACCCAGAAGGAUCGCAUGGCACUGGCCUCACGGGUUGGUGUGACACACAAUGACAUCCAGGUCUGGUUCAAGAACAACCGGCUAAGGACAAGCAAGAAUCGCCAGAAUAUUCCAGCAGCACUGCCAGAGACAAGUGGAGGCUCUGAAGCUGUUUCUGAGUCAACCCAUUUUCCUGAUUCCUUACCAGUUGUUGACUCUGCCAAUGUUGAGUCCACAUUUGUUCUGGAUUCCAUUCCAAAAGUCAACCAGAGCCAGGAAUUUUCUCUGCAUCCUGUUCAGGCCUGUGGUAGUGCCACAUGUAGUCAGCAAGAAGACCUGCUUUAUGGCCAUGCCCCUGAUACAGCUGAGGACUCUGGGCAAUCAGCAGCAGGUGAGGUCCAGAUUGGCCUAGCAGUAGCGGAAGCUCCAUUAGCCAUGGUAUGUGCCACCCAAGGUCCACAGAGUACUCAAGAUUCAGGUCCAUCUGCUGAGGAGCUCUGGCAAAGGAUACUUGAAGACUUUGACAAGUCAGAGGAUUGGUACUUUUGGGGAUGCCCUCCUUCCCCAUGA